AUGCUUUUCAACAAACUCAUUUCCCUUACGGCUGUCCUCUGCGUAUCUGCCGCUAGCCUCGUCGAUGCCGUAGCCAUUGACAAUAAAGCCUGUGAUACCAAUUUCGACCCCGAGACCAAGGCGCUGAUGGAAGCGGACUUCCAGGCUCGGCUCGCUAACCAAACAGCAUCCCUUGUCUCGGACGACGGUACUGUCUCAAACUUCGCCAAUUUCCUGCUGGAUCCCUUCGAUGUCUACUUUCAUGUCAUCUCGAAAGAUGAAUCGGAGAAAGGUGGAAACCUGAGCGAUGAGACCAUCGACAAGCAAAUCCAAGUUCUCAAGGACGCUUUUAGUGGCACCGGCAUUCGCUUCAACCAUGUCAAGACUACCAGGACUGUAAAUCCUGAAUGGUUCAAGAAGGCUGGAUUAAAGAACAAGCCCCUUACUGCACACAUGAAGCGCGCUCUGCACGAAGGAGGCUCUGCUGACCUCAACAUCUGGUCCAUCUCGUUCGAUGCCGACAAAGAUUUCUGGGGUUCUGGCCUAAUCGGUUAUUCGUCCUUCCCGACGUAUGCGUGGAGCGAACCCCUCUUGGAUGGUGUAAUGAUUGACUACCGUACUGUCCCUGGUGGCAAGCACAAGAACCGGGACCGUGGUCACCUUCUUGUCCAUGAAGUCGGCCACUGGUUCGGUCUCUACCACACAUUCGAAGGAGGCUGUGAUGACAAGAUCGGUGACGGGAUUGACGACACCCCGGCACAAAAGUCGUCCACCAACGGAUGUCCCAAGUCGCGAAACACUUGCAAGGACCGAGAGGGAGAGGAUCCGAUCCAUAAUUACAUGGACUACUCAGAUGACCGCUGCACGAACGAGUUCACUAUUGGCCAGAUGCUCCGCAUGACCAGCAUGAUCAGAACCUACCGGCCCAAUUGGUCUUCCCAGAAAGCUUAA